AUGUACAGUCAACUGGCGCAGAUGGACGAGGGCGGUGACAACGAGCACACCGCCGCUAUAUGGUGAGUUUUUAUUUAUUUUUUGAUUUAUUUUUUGUUUUUUUUUGGGCUUUUUGUACAGUUGUUGUAACAUUUUUGGCGAUUUUUUGAUGGGUAUUUUUGGUAGUUGUGAAAGUUUUUUUGCUUUUUGGUAUUUUUAGUUUUUGCUUUAGCUUUUUUGUUGCGCAAUAUAAAGUUUUUAGAAAAUUUACUUACAAAAAAAAUCUGAAAAAUUGAAAAUUUAAAAAUUAAAAAUGUCAAAAAUUAAAAAGUAUUAAAAAAAUUUUUUUUUUUGGCUGACCUUUGAAAUUGACGCAAAUUUUCUGGUAAAAAAAGUUGGUAUUUUAAAAAUUUGACGUUUUUUUUGCAAAUAUUGGCAUGAAAUUUUGCAUGCCUAUUUCUACCGUAGAAGGCAAUGUUUCCACAAAAAAUCUAUUUUUUACCCGCAAAAAUGGGAAAGAUAUCGCCUAAAAGUGUUUUUAUCACUGACCGCUCUCCGCAUUUGGCGUACUCUUUCAGCCGCAAAGAUUUUUCAAUAUCUCGGCGGCGCCUACAAAGCCUGUGACAGAGUUUUCCGGACUUUGUUGCGUUUUAGCAGAAAAUUUUCUGGUCCAUUUCGCAAAUUUUAGAACCUACCCAAAAAGUCAUCACCUUACACUUACAAUAUACAAUAUGAUGUGCGAGCUCUCGCCUCUCAAAACUUGACCUUCUAAGAGCUUAGCGAAGAUUAGCUACUGUCACGCUUUGGCCCCCAAAUUUGGCCGUUUGUUUAUAGAAACGUUCAGCGGAUUCGAAUCCGAGUUUCUUGGCGCCGACAACAAGUGUCAAGUGCUCUUUAACGGCUUUCAAAUUGAUAUAUUUUGUUUCGGUCAGAGGUCAAUUUGAACAUCGUUUUAAGUGCCGUUUCUCAGAUGUUUAUUGAGCGGCCAGAUGGGAUGAAGAGUGGGAUUUGGUUUUAUUUAAAUCAAUUGGACUAUUGAGUGGGAAAAUGGAGUAAAAGAAGCGUCACAAUGUGGUCUAGGGUUUAGCUUGGGGUCUUAAAUUAAUAUUUUGUGACCGCUCUUACCAUUCGCGUUGCCUAUGCGAUAUUUUCAUCUCAUUUUUUAGCAGAAACCACUGAGAUUUUUAGGUGAAGGAUUGGUCCCAAUUUCAGUUGUUUUUUUGCAAGCAUGUCCACACACAAAGAUUGAUGUUUAUUUCUACCGUAGUCCACAAAAACAUCGAUUUUUUUCCACCCAAGGGUGGAAGAGGUAUGGCCAAAAGGUUACUUUAUCUCUGCCCGCUCCCCGGGUUUCGCCUGCUCUCUCGGCUGCAAAGAUUUUUCAAUAUCUCGGCGUGAGCUAAAGUCGCUGGAUACUAGGCCGUUUCAAAAGUGCGUAGACUUUUUUUUGCAAGCUUUCCGCACUGUGCAGUCGCCCUUUUGCACCAUGCAAUUGGAAAGUCGCCAUGAUUCAAGGUUUUUCAACUGUGUUCUGCCCGCGCGAUAGACGUGAAAAACCCAAUUCAAAAAGUGGCAAAAUCUACAGUGGGGGAUCUGAUCCAGUGGCAAAAAACGUACCAUUUUGGAUCCGAGAAUUAUAAGAAAUGUGGCAAAAUGCCUCCCUCUCCAAGUGAAAAAACUCCGAUUCCAAAAGCGCUCUUUUUGUGAGGGAAAGGGCGCACCCUUCAAAACGAAGUUUUUUAGGGAGGUAUUUUGCCACAUUUUUGAUACUUCUCGUAUGCAAAAUGGUACGUCUUUUGCCACUUGAUCAGGGUCCCCCACUGUAGAAGGCGCUAUGGUGGUUUGUUUCAGCAAAUCGGAUUUUUUUCACUUGGAGAGGGAGGUAUUUUGCUACAUUUUUUAUACUUCCUGGAUGCGAAAUGUAGGUGUUUGGCCACUGGAUCAGGUCCCCCACUGUAUGAGCCGCGGAAAAAAGUCUAGGCACUUUUGAAAAGGUGUAGUAUCUUCGUAACGGCUGUAAAAUGCUGGCUCUUUCAUGUCCCUGACAUGUAGAAAAUUUAAAGAAAAUCUGAGAAUUCCACUUGGGGUACCUCUGUUUUUCAAGCCGUUGCAAAACGCUCGACUUUUCGGCCGUUCUGCAUAAAAAACCGGGAGGAAAAACCGAAGAAUGUUUCCUUUUCAUCGCAGGAUAAAAAAUUGUUCAUUAAAGUGGAGGAGAGAGUGCAAUGCAAUACUACUUUGUCAUGCUAGCAAAAGGAUUAGAGAGGUUUUUUUCUCGGAUUGAGGGUCGUAAAAGUGGCGAGAAAAACUUUGAAAUCCAUUUGGUCCGCUUGCCUGUGUUCUCGCAAUAUUUGUGAGAAAAUUUCUUGGUGCUAAAUUUGUUCAAAAAUGGCAGACGCCGUGAAGUUGUAAGCUUUUUUGUCUCAAAAAAAAAUGAAGCCUCUGUGCGGCAAAUUGCAAUACAAAAUCGAUUCAUAGAUAGGUGUAGGGCAAGUGAAUAGCCAAAAAAAGGUUGUAAAAAGUGCCUACGAGGCCUGGCAAAGCCCGCUGGAUUGUCGGCGGACGCUCGGCGAAGGCUCGGCGGAGACUUGGCGAAGACUUGCAAUAUAUCCACUUUUUCUUACUUUAGCUAUUAAUAACGUUAGUUUUCUUAACCCUGAGUUAUUGUGACACAUAAAAGACCAAAAUUUGCGGCAAGAAACGAAGAAUCUUAACUUUUAUCUAGAUAUUAUUGAUAAGAGUACAUGUAAAAUACCUCAUAAUAGGUGAUAAACUAUCCUAGAGCAUGACCAAUCUUAUUAUUUCUACUAAUAAACACUUCAUAGUGCAAUUUUUGAGAAUUUAUGACACUUUUAAGGAUUCCAAAAAAAUGUUGUCACGCAAUAUGAAAUCAUUUUUUGAAAAAAUUGAAAAAAAAAUUAAAAUGUUUUAGAAUUUGCAAUUUUAGAAGACCAAUUUUUUUAUAAUUUUAAAAUACGCCUUGGACUUCUACGAUGAAAUUAAAGUUCAUAGUGAAGAGACAUGCCAGAAUGUCGGGAAAAUAUUAAGCGCUCUUUCGCUCGAAAUCGCAUCGCUGAAAUGAAAAAAAAUUGAUAUUUUUCCCCGACACAAUUCAUUUUCUCGACUUUCGAUACCAUUUUCGAUACAAAACUGAGCUCAUUAUUUUCCCGACAGACUGAUAUUUUUUCCCAAAAAUUUUUUCCCUUUACAAAAAUAAUUAAUAUAAAAGUAUUUUUUUGUUUUCAUUAUUCCAAAAAACUUUUCAUUUAUCGCCUCUCCUAAUUUAAUGCGAGCGUUUAAUCGAAAUUUUAAUCUAAAUUUGCUUUUUAAUGAUUAAUUAACGGCUCCGCGGGUCCUUUGUUCCAUUUCGGGGGCGCAAAAUUCGGAAAAACCAACGGCCCCGCGCGGCCCGCUUAUUCCCAAAGUCUCAAUUAGGAUGAAGGACCCGUAAGUGAGGUGGAGAAAAAAUGAAAAAAAAAUAUGACAUUGGCCUCGGUGCCCAGAAACGAGGGGGAAUAUGAAUUACUGACGGUCUUAGGCCGUAGUUUUGGGGGCCCAGGAUGGCGUAGAAGGCUUGUAAAAAUUUUUGAAACGUGUCUUAAAUUAUGGUUUUUAUUAGUAUUUUUAGGUUUUCUAAAAAAUUUUUUGUCCUAUAUUGGGUAUUGGCUACAUACUAGGCUUUUGGAAAGUCGCUGGACUAAAAUGCGCUAUAAAAAAUGUUCGAAAGCAAAAGUUUUCCUUGCACUGUGCAAUUUCUUGCUUUUUGCACAGUACAAUAGGCUUUUCAGGGUGUUGCUCACACCCUGAUUUUUUUCGCACAGUGCAGGCGCCAAAAUCCAGUCCAACGACUUUCCGGAAGGACUAUGUAGUCUUGGGUAUUGGGCACAUAUCAAUUGCUGAAAAAAUUAGCUCGCGCUUUGCAGGGAGAGCCGUGAUAUUCAACGAUCUUUGCCGCCGAGAGAGUACGGAAAAGACGUUCAGAUUUUGUUUUAAAUUUUGCACUUUUUUUGGACAUAGGCUGCAUAUCAAUUCCUAAAUAUUUUAGUUUGCGUUUUGCAGGGAGAGCCGAAAAAAUCAACAGUCUUUACGGCCGAGAGAGCACGCGAAAGGCGGUCAGAGAAAAAUGCUUUUUGGCGAUAUGCAAUUUUGUGUGGAAAAAAAUUAUUUUUUGUGGAAACAUCACCCUCUACGGUAGAAAUGAAAAUGGAAAUUUUCAUGUCAGGUUAAAUUUAGAAAACGUUAAAAGUUAUUAUUUUUUUUUCAAAAAUUUUACCAAUUUUUUGGACUGAAAAAAUAAAAAAAAAAUCCAUUUGAACUUUCUGAACUGUUAAUGGAUCCCUUUUUGCACAAAAAACGGCCAAAACAUUCGUUCCUCAACAAAUUUUCGCACUCAGAAACGAAAACUGGCACACUUUGUCAACAAAAGUGCAUAAAAAGAAAGACCUGUGGGAUAUCCCAUGACAUCAUUGAUAUUUCUUCGUUUUUCCUGUUUUAAUAUUUUUUGGGUGGGUUGUGAAUUUUGUCCAGAAAAAUUAGGAAGUUAAAAAAAAAAUUUGCGGAAUUUAAAAAAAUCCUAAAAAAAAAAUUUUUUAUGAAAAAAUUUAAAAAAAAAUCAAAAAAAAUCAAAAAAUUCCAAUUUUUUCCUUGACAGUAACUUCCAAAAAUUUCGAAAAUUUUACGCAAAUUUAUUUUUUUCAAGAUGAUUCAUUAACAUGUUCUCCCGCGGCCUUUUCACUCAUCUCUCUCCCUUGUUUCAGGUUGGGCCGAGAACCUAGGAUGAGUGUGGACUUUGCGGCCGCUCGUUGGCGCCAACAGCAGAAGAACGGAGUGGCGAGGAAGGCGGCGAAUCGGCAGCGAUGGAGACUGCUGGGCCAAUUGUUAGUUGUUGGUUGUUGUGUUGUGUUAUAG